AUGUCUCAACCACCUCCAAAGUCAUCCUCGGUAGCUUCUUCCAUUCCGAAGAUCAUGCCAUCAUCCUCUCGGGGAAAUACAACAAAUUCUAAUUUAAAUAGUCAAAUUAAUGAUGGUAACUUUAAUUUGAAAAGGAAAUUAUCUGACUUGUUGCCAUCCAUGUCAACCCUGAGAACAGUUCAACAUUGUUCUGGGUUGAUAUUUUCAAUUUUUACAACACUUCAUUCUGUUAAUAGUAUUGUAGCGAAUACAGAGUUACAUGAUGAAUAUUUAGAUUGGAGUAGAGGAAUAUUUAGAUAUUCACCAAUUACUGAAGCAGUGUUGGUGUUGGGUCCAUUAUUUACUCAUAUGGGAUCGAGUAUUGCACUCAGUAUUAAGAGAAGUUUGAAUAAUGUGCAGAGGAAUCAAGAUGGCUAUUCGAAAUUUCAAAGUCUUUCAGGAUUUGCAUUGGUUGCCAUUUUACCACUUCAUAUUUCAGUGAAUAGAGUCAUACCAAAGAAUCCACUCACAUCAGAUCAACUCAUUCCACAAGGUGUGAAUCCAUUCGCAUGGUUUAUUCCCUCUGCCUUAUUAUUAAGCUUGGGUUUAUAUCACACAAUUUAUGGAAUCAAAACUGCAUUGAAACUCAAAUUGGGUGCUCAAACUCUUGUAUUUGCCGUUUCAGCAUUGUCUCUUCUUGGAUUGGCAGGUCUUGCAAAUCUACUUCAAUAA